AUGCUCAAGAUUCACCGCAUAGCUACUACCAGCUUUCUCACUUGGGGUCCUGACAUCACAGAGCCCGAGUCCAGACCGACGUCACCCACAAGCCUGACCCCCGAACAAGGCUUCAAGGGUGCAGAUUCAUGGGUUGACAUUGAUGAAGAGCAUACGACAAUACCUGCAUCUGAUUGCUCCAUUACAAAGUUUGCAUGUUCUGGUGACUCGAAGCACAUCCUGCGUGCUGAUUCGCGAUGCAACACACCUACAACGGAUCCUGCGCUGAGCGGCACAACGCUUACCACUGAUUCGCAUACCCUAGAUAUGGUUACUUUCCCGUCGCACGCUACACACCUUCUUCCCUCAGAGCCGAAUGGUACGUGGCGCACACAAGUCAGCUAUACGCUUAAGAAUCCAAGCGAGCCUGCUUCGACGUUUCGAGAGGCCCUGGAACAACAUGCUCACGAGCUCGACGUACCCAGCUUCCUCCACAAGCUGGAGCAGGUUGCGGAAGAGCGUAAAGAUGAGUUCAGUGAAUGGCUGAAUCAAACACUCGCAAACUACGAUUUGGUUGAGAUGCACAAUCGGGUUCGACGCCUUGUGCCCGUCAUCUCUAUGCCCAACAUGCGGCAACUUGAUUACGCUGUGGAUACAGUGACUGAGAUUGCGCAGUCAUUGCGGAAGCGCCGCUCAGAGUCAGAUCUUCUUCAAUGCCACCAAGAUGACAAGUACAUAUUUGCACAGAUCAUUGGCGAAAAAGCACACCGUGCUCUAAUCGAACAGGGAAUAUGCGAGAAAUGGCAGUUCUUGGAUGGAGGACAUUCAAAGAUGCAGCAGAUCAUGCAAUCAACUCUGAUGCACACCUUCACACGCAUACGUCAGUUAUAUGAAAAUGUCCCACUGUUCCGGGCAAAGCCUUGUUGGACGGCUAAUCGGGAGAAGAAGGUUUGGCGCCUGGAGCUUGAUGUUGGAGUCGUGGGUGUCGAGGUCGGACCAGUAGCAGAUACAUCCUUGGUAGAGCUCGGCUUCAUUGACACCAGCUUCGAGCUUCCAGAGUCUUACGCAUGUGUUUCUAUCGCGGAUAUCGAGCGCCAGGUCGAGGACGCUGAAGAUGAGUGGCAAUUGCUUGAAGCCUAG